AUGCCGCGAAAGGAUCCUCAAAACAUCGCUAGCCAUGAUCAGCUGUUCGAUAAACUUAAAGAAUACUUUGAUGAUAAAAUUUCUGAACUGAAGGAAACUAUUAAGCUAGAUAAAGUAGAAUUGCUAGAUAAAAUCGAGGAGAAUAAUUUAAAAAUAGAUAAAGUAGAAAAUGAUCAUAAAAACCUUGCUUCUGAAGUAAAAUUAUUAAAAAAUAUAAUAAGAAAAUAUAACAUUAUUGUUCAUGGAAUCCCGGCUGAAAAAGAAAAUCUUUCUUCUGAAGUUAAUUUAAUUUUUAAUGAUAUAUUAGGAGGUUCAUUUAAAGAAAAUCAAAUAAGGAACGUGUUCAGACUCGGUAAAAUUAAGUCGAAUAGUCCUGUGCUUGUGGAACUGUUGUGUUACACUGUAGUUAAAGACAUUUUUCGAAAGUCAUAUAAACUGAAAAGUUCCAAGUAUUCGAUUUCAAGAGAAUCAAGUAAGGAAGAGAGAGAAGAAUACAAAACGCUAAAGCAGUUUAAAGAAAAAGCCUCGGUUUCGAAUAUUCCUACUAAAAUAAAAAACAACAAACUUGUAUUGUUGGACAGUGGACGAUCUUACACGGUAGACGACUUAAAAGCAGGGAAAAUUACUUUUGAAUAA